CUCCCGAGGAUGUUGUGUAUAAAUGCUUCCUUUGUUGACCUCUGGUAUGCCCCCAUCGGACACCCUGAGGUCCCCCAGCUCAACAAAUACCCAAGGGAGAAAACAUGGGCAAGAUCUUCCAGUGUGGAUACCCUGGAUGUCAGUCAGCUGCAAAGUAAGUCCUAUCAGCACGAAAUCUCAGGACAAUGGCUUAUUUCAUGCCGAAGACCCUAUAAAUGUAGUCAAUGCGGCAGAUAUUUCGUGCAAAAAUGCGGUUUGGAGCGUCAUUGCAAAGAGAUACACCAAAGAUUACAGUUCGAAUGCAAGUAUUGUGGGGCAAGCUAAUGAUGGCAACGACCGAGACGCAGAUCCCAGCAGCGCCUCCUCAUCCACGUCACUGCCGUCUUUCCCUCCCCCAAUCGACAACCUUGCAUCACCCGCAUCAUCCUUCUUCGUAGAAUAUGGCGCUCCGUUUCGUUCCGAAGGGACGUCACCUCUGCUCUCAAUUUCCCCCGGGCCUGUUCCGUCGUUCGGCGCUACAAUCCAUAGCGCUCCUUCGUUCACCGUGGAAUCUUCGGUAUGGUUGGAUGGCACAGGCCCCGGGCUCCCGGCUCCCCCGCGAUCAAACGCUCUCUUCCCCUCUCCCAUAAUGAUGCCCACCGCUCCCAUUCCGCACUUACCAACUGGCUUUAAUCCCUGGCAUACAUCGUUGCACAACUGGCCUUCUUCUGUGGAUGCUGGUUUGGCACAGGGACAAGAAUUCCGUUCUGGCAUGCCUCAACUGAGCUGGGAGGGGGACUUAGCCCAAACCGCUAGAGUCUCUGACCCUACACUGCUAUCCACUGCUGGACCGUUCUCGGCAGCUGAUCAAUCAGCACCAGCGACCCGGAGGCUCGAGCCUGGUGCCUCCGAACCCAGGAUGGAAUGGGCGGAGCAAAACCCGCUCCACCACCCCCAGGCGCCGUUCCCCUCUGCCGGACUGGCCGAGUGGAGGCACGACUUUGAUGUGCCCGAGCUGGACCAAAGGGUUCCAUCAUCGUCCGCCGGUGCCACCCUGCCGGAGGAAGGCCAAACCGGGGACUUGCCCCAGGCGUCGUCGUCCCCCGCUGACCCCAACCCCGUACCCGAAUGGCCAACGCCAAACGCCGAGACCCUCGAGUUUGAUGAUUGGGAGUACUGGGGGGAAUGGCUAGAGCAAGACCCAGCUUACCUUAACUUCGAUGACCUAUUUAACUAG